AUGUCCCGAACAAGCACAACUACCAAAGUUGGUGAUGCACCAGGCACAAUCACUCUCAAGUCAGCCUACAGCGAAUCCACCCAUUUCGACUACAAGUACGCAGCAUAUCUCCCCGUCUACGAUGAAACGACCAAGUUCCCUCCGACAGAACCCUUUGAUGUUCGUGAUCGUGGUCUAGACGCAGACCCCAAGAAGCCCAAUCUACUCGGUAGUCCCGGCGCCGAGAUCACUCGAUUGACCCCCCGAGUGGGAACGGAGAUUAAGGGAAUCCAGCUGUCGCAGCUCAACGAUGCUCAAAAGAAUGAGCUUGCCCUGCUCGUCGCUGAACGAGGUGUCGUGGUAUUCAGAGAUCAAGACUUUAAGGAUAUCGGCCCUCAGAAGCAGAAGGAGUUUGGCGAGUCUUUCGGGAGGCUGCACGUUCAUCCCGUUGGCGCUCAUGUCAAAGAUUUUAUCGAGUUUCACAACAUCUAUCUCGGCGCGGACAACAUCUACCGUCUGCAAGUCCGUUCAUCCAAGCUGACAACCACCGGCUACCACUCCGAUGUCUCCUACGAGCACCAACCCCCUGCCCUCACCAUCUUGACUCUACUCGAGGUCCCAGCAACGGGCGGCGAUACCGCCUGGGUGUCCCAAGUCGCUGCAUACGAAAGGCUGUCUGCGCCCAUUCAGAAGCUGCUGGAAGGUCUCACUGCCGAGCAUGAUGGCUUCAGGCAAGCAGAAGGCGCCAGACGCGAUGGGAAGUUUGUUCGCCGGGAGCCGGUGACGUCGGAGCAUCCUAUCGUUCGCGUGCAUCCGGUCACUGGGCAAAAAGCCUUGUUCGUCCAGCCAGGCUUCACAAGACGCAUCAUUGGUUUGAAAGACGAGGAGUCGGAGGCGAUCUUGAAGCUCCUCUUCACCGUAAGCACGACAGUCAACCCAUUGCUCAACGUGUUUCUAACCGCAUUGCACAAACAGCACAUAGCCCAUUCAGCCGACUGCCAGGUGCGAGUAAAGUGGGACAACCGCACCGUCUCGAUCUGGGACAACCGCGUGACAGCACACACCGCCAUCUCCGACUACGAUGUGCACAACCCCGAGGAGGGGCUGAGGCAUGGCUUCCGCAUUACGACGUUGGGAGAGGUGCCUAUUCCUGCUGGUGGAAAGGCGUAG